AUGGCGGUAGUCCAGGAUGGCCUUUGUUAUUGCCUGAAUCCACGACCCAAUAUCUUCAACCAGCUGCGAACACCAGCAACCGUGUUCGCUCUUUCAAGAGAAUCCGUCUGCAGAUAUAAAGGUUACGAAAUUUUAACUAAAUUAGGCAUAUGUAUCAAGUAUUCUAACAUCUCAGUCAGAUGGGAUGACGCUCGUGGCCUAUGUAACCAAGAUGGCGGAUAUCUUAUCAAUUUAAACACAGCUGCGAAGGCCACCGCGAUAUUGAAUAUGUCUUUAGCUUAUAACGUUGAUCUGAUACAUAUAGGCGGUUAUAUGUCCAUCUUUACAACGUGGUAUAACUGGACAAGGGGUGGAGUGAUUGAUGGGCAGUUUUGGGCUGCUAGCGAACCUUCACCGCUGGUUCUAAAGGAAUACUGCAUGGCUAUGUACAAGAAGGAUGAUAUACUAGAGUUUGGUAACUUGGGUUGCUCUUUGAAAAGGCCAUAUUUAUGCGAAUUACUUCUUUAA